ACAUUUCUAAAUACGUAUUUGAAAGAUUCAGCAAUGAAAUAAUAAUAAUUAACACUUGUCUCGUGUUCAGAUAAUUAUAAAUACAUUUUUUAUAAGAUAAUAAAUGCGUGAUAGAUCUAAUUGCUGUGUAUUUCCUUGCAUGCUUGAUGAAAGUGUGAAAUAGCAUUGAAAAAGUUGAGAUAAAAACCAUUAUUAAUAGUUUCAUUGGAAAGCCGAAGAAAUGUUUUACCGCAGGCCGACUAGAGAGAACCUACAUAAGAGAAAGAGAGAGAUAUAAGAUGUACAUAAACGCAUGUGCAGUGAAGAUCUACAUGUAUGUGUUGAGCUAGAAAAUACGUUACGUUCAUGAAAUUCUCCAAAGAUGUAGUAGUGUCAAAACUUUCUAUUUCGCUAAUUUUCUCAUGGUAUUUAUAACACGUGUAUCGUGUUUAUUACGAACAUUGUAAUCAUUAAAUUGUGGGAAAUCAAACCUAUACAUCAUCAAUGGCAAGCCCUCCAAAAAUCAAGAAACUUGAUGAGGUAGUGGUAAACCGCAUUGCUGCUGGAGAAAUCAUACAAAGACCGGCAAAUGCAUUGAAAGAAUUAAUUGAAAACAGUCUUGAUGCUAAAGCAACUGACAUUCAAAUAGUUGUCAAAGAAGGUGGUUUAAAAUUACUCCAAAUUCAAGAUAAUGGAACAGGAAUUAGAAAAGAAGAUCUUGACAUCGUAUGUGAAAGAUUUACGACAAGUAAACUGGAAAAAUUUGAAGAUCUUCAAGGCAUUUCUACGUAUGGAUUUCGAGGGGAAGCUUUAGCUAGUAUUAGUCAUGUAUCUCAGCUUUCAAUCACCACAAAAACAGCUCAAGGAAAGGUAGCAUACAAAGCUUCUUAUAUUGAUGGAAAAUUAAAGUCAGCUCCUAAGCCUAUUGCUGGCAAUCAAGGAACAACUAUUACUAUAGAAAAUUUAUUUUAUAAUGUUGCUACUCGUCGAAAAGCAUUGGAAAAUGUCACCGAACAAUUUUCCUUAAUUCAUGAUGUUGUACUUAAGUAUGCAAUUCAUAAUUCAGGAGUAGGAUUUACUUUAAAGAAACAAGGCGUCAAUACUCCUGUACUUCGAACGCCUUUCAAGGCAACGAGGAUAAAUAACAUACAGUCUCUAUUCGGUAAUGGUUUAACGAGAGACUUGAUUGAGGUUAACUUAGAGGACAAAGAUUUUAAAUUUAAGGUUGAAGCUUUGAUAUCAAAUCCUUUUUAUUACACUAAAAAAUGGUCGCUUUUGUUAUUUAUUAACAAUAGAUUAGUCGACAAUAGUUUAAUUAAAAAAAUGCUAGAGGAUAUAUAUUCUAUUUAUUUGCCAAAACGAAACUUUCCUUGGGUUUAUAUGUCCUUAAAAAUUGAUCCACAGAAUGUCGAUGUCAAUAUUCAUCCAACCAAGUCUGAAGUGAGAUUUAUUCAUGAACAUAAAAUUAUUGAUAAAAUUAGAGUUGCUUUGGAUGAUAAGUUGACUCACAGCAACGCAUGCAGAACUUUUUAUGUUCAAACGAAGCUUCCAGAAGUCGAUCUUCCAAAGGAAGUUUUGGCUGAAGUUAUACCAGAAUAUGACGAUAAAGAGAAAGAUAAAGAUAAAAAAGUUUAUGCUAAAAAUUUGGUUAGAAUUGAUCAUAAAGAGCAAAAACUUGCCAAAUUUAAUUUCACGAUUAAUGCUAAACCAAGUAAUCAGUCUAAUGAGACUCAUAGUGUGGCUGAACAAAGUGUAAAUAAAGAAAAUACAGAUAGUACAGUAAAUGAAAGUUUAAGUGAUAACUUGAGAGAGGAAAUGAACUUAGAUGAAACGAACGUAAAAAAAAGAGAAGAAAUUACAAUAGAAAAACCGGAAGAAACACCACAAAAUGACCAAGAAGAAAGUAAUGUUGAUGAUUCUGGACUUAAAUCAAUUGAUGAUAAUUUACAAAUCAAUUCUCAGAAUUUUGUUACUUCAACUCAAGUAGAACAACGUUUAGAAAAUGAUCAACAACAAGUCGAAAAUCCUUUGAUUCCUGAUUCAGUAAUUGAUUUAUUUGUAAGUGAUGAUAGUUCUUCAGAGCUGCCUUCAGAUCCAAUUCCAAUGUCUAAACCAGCUGAAAGAGCAAUGAAAACUGUAUUACGUUUAUUUGGAUCUCAACCUGACUCUAAAAAAACAGCAGAUCAAAAUUCUCACAACAGUCCAGAAAAUCAUCAGGAAAAUCAAAAACAAAGCUCUGAUGAUCAUCAAGCAGAAAAUUCUGGAAAUAAAAAAAUAAAGCUUUCUACAGAAAAUGAAAUGAAUAAUUCAGAAGCUGGUCAAAAAAAGAGUUCCGAAAAAGAUAAAGAGAAUGACGAAAAAUCAGUACCUGAAUUUAAAUCAUACUCAAUAAAUAAUUUCCGCAGAGAAGUUCAUAUAACGAGCAUCCUUCAAUUAAGAAAGUCAGUAGAAGAUACUUAUCAUGAAGGCUUGCGAAAACUUCUGAAUGAAUCGAAAUUCAUCGCUUGUGUUGACCCAGCAUUUGCAUUAAUUCAAAGUGACGUUAAUCUUUAUAUCUGCAACACAAAAAAACUUGCUGAAGAAUUAUUUUAUGAAAUAAUGCUCUAUGAUUUUGCAAAUUAUGGUGUUUUAAAAUUUUCAGAGCCUUUAUCAAUAACAGAAUUAUCACUUUUGGGAUUGGAGUUAGAAGAAGCUGGUUGGACUGAAAGUGAAAGACCAAAAAAAGAAAUUGCAGAAGAUGUUAGAGAUUUGCUUACAGAAAAAGCAGAAAUGCUCAAAGAAUAUUUUUCUAUAGUAAUCACAAAAAAUGGUUAUAUUAAAUCUCUUCCAAUGCUACUAGAAAAUUAUUAUCCAUCAGAAGUUGAUUUACCACUUUAUAUUCUACGAAUGGCUACCGAAGUAAAUUGGGAUGAAGAAAAGCCUUGUUUUGAUGGAAUCUGCCGUGAGACUGCAAAAUUAUUCAGUCAUAUUAAUGUAAAUAGUGAACAUUAUGAUUGGAGACAUCUUACAGAAUACGUUCUUUAUGCAACGAUUAAAGAAAGUCUACUACCUCCGAAACAUUUUGCUCAAGAUUCAACAAUUCUACGAAUUGCGAGUUUACCUGACUUGUACAAACUUUUUGAAAGAUGCUAAAAUAGAAUAUGUUAAAAUUAUUGGUUAUUUAUGAGAUUAAUUUUUUUAUUUGUGUUGAAUAAAAUUUUUUUUAUGUUUUUUCUA